CUCCCUCUCCCUCUCCUUCUCCUUCUCCUUCUCCUUCUCCCUCUCCCUCUCCCUCUCCUUCUCCUUCUCUUUCUCCUUCUCUCUCUCCCUCUCUGUUGCUCCUUUCCCCUCCAUCUCUCACUACCGCUCCUUAUUGCGUUCGCCGGCAACCGGAGCACCAAUUCACUUCCUCGUUGGUCACCGUCGCGUGAAAUCAAUCCAUCACCCACAGAAUCUCGAUUGGCGGCUCCUCCCUCACACAUUUCAAAGACAUAACAGAUAGAUAGGAUUUGGAUGAGGCACGCCAAAAAUCUCUGCAACUACCAACCAUCGUCCAUGGCAUUCUCUCUCUCCUCCACUAUCAUCUCUCACACUAGGGUUUCCAGAAAUGUCUCCCUUACUCUAAUUCAACCUUUUUUCUCAACCCUUCUUCUCUCAAUUCGAUCCAAGAGAACUCACAAAGAACACACAGUAGCUCCAAUUUGCCCCACACUUGGCCACAUUCUCGCCAAAAACCCUUCAAUGGAUUCUCUAGAGGACAUCUCAUACUUGCUAAGGAUUCCACAAAGAAAGCCCUAUGGAACAAUGGAGGGUAAUGUGAAGAAAGCUCUAAAGAAAGUCCAAACAGACAUAAUAAAAAGCAACUUGAAUCCAGUAUGGAAUAAGGAACUCAUGCUUUUUGUGAUGAGAAUGACGAAGAGUUGCCUGAUUUUUGCAAAUUCUAUGAGAAGUUUCACAAGUCGAAGAAAGAUGAAUGACUUGAUUGAUCCCCGAUGCGAUGACCUACAUGUAAGAAUUUAACAAUAGAUCAAUUGACUGGAUUUGAGAUCGGCCCACGACUCUCUUCUACCAUAUCCGAAGCUGCAUCAAGAGUACGUGAUAACGAGACUGAGACCUUGAGAUUAGAGAUCCGAAACAUAUACACUUGAUAUGUUUUGUUAUUAAGAUUUUAUUUAAUUUGGAUUUUAAUUGUUGGUUUGGAUAGUAUAUGUAUUUGUUCGAUUAUACUAUGUUUAUAGAUUCUUAUUUUCUUUGAUAUGUACGGUUAAUAGUUAAGUUUUGUAUAUGGUUGGAAAUUGAAUGGUAUAGGUGGUGGAGAAAUAUUUUUAUUGAA